GCAAAGUUAGUCCAAUCAGAUGCAGCAGUGAUAAAGCCGGGAAGCUCCCACACACUGACUUGCAGAGGCUCUGGAUUUACUUUUAGUGACUAUGCUUUUCAUUGGAUCAGACAGAUUCCCAGUGGGGGGUUACAAUGGGUUGCAUCCAUAAGCAAGCCUACUGGGAGCACUAAAGAGUAUCAUGAUUCUGUUAAAGAUCGAUUUACAGUCUCCAGAGAUAAUAGUAUUAACCUGGCAUCUUUAAAAAUGGACAACCUGAAAACUGAAGACUCCGGCAUAUAUUACUGUGCUAGGCACACAGUGAUUUAA